GUCUUUAUAAGUAGGAGCCAUCCGCGUCCUCAGGACUUACUCCCUCUCGAGAACGUGCCACGAUCGGCAACCGAUUUCCAGAAUAGUUCCUGAAAACACGCCGGGCUCGCGUCGCUUACGAGCAUCUUGCGGUUCAUGCAAGAUCGUGGCUGUCUUUAACGUAACUUGAGGAAAUUUCAACGUUUUGGAGAUCGGAAGGCCAUCGCGAGAUGAGGAGGAGCCGCACGAAUUAAAAGAAAAGUCAUCGUUAAUCCUACGUAAAAAGACACGGUGAACCGAAAACAUGUGGGCAAGCCUAUAUACGUUAGGCGUUUUGAUAGCGCUGAUCUCACCGACGUCAGCUGAUAUUGCAAAAGGUCUGCCCUCGAUACAUCUGCCCUUGCCACAUCUACCGAGUGGUUUUAUGUGCAUUGAAGUAGGAUAUCAUGCCGAUCCUAGCGACUGUAGAAGAUUCUACCGAUGUGUCGAUUGGGGAUUCGGAAAACCGCUGCAGAUCUUUCAAUUCGAGUGCGGUGUUGGAACAGUAUUCUCCAUGCGUAGGGGUAACAUUUGUACUCUCCCUAACGACAGCGACCGCCCAGAGUGUGGUGGAAAUAUCAUAAACAACAGUAAUUCGACUGCGACUUCUCCGACCACAACAAAAAUAUGGGCGACCAAUGGAACUGUCACAAAUAGUAGAGUGCAAACAACUUCACAGACCACAACAAGUAGUAACCAAUCUUCUGCAACAAGUGGAAAACCAGGGGAUGACCAGGGUCGAGGACGAUGCGUUCAAGAAGGAUAUUUUGCUGAUGUGAAUAACUGUAGAAAAUUUUAUAGAUGCGUUGAAGAAGGUUCUGGUAAUUUUGUAAAACAUGAAUUUGAAUGUGGAGUUGGUACUGUCUGGGAUCCAGAUAUACAAGGAUGUAAUCAUCCUUGGGCUGUAUCACGAGAAGACUGCAAGGAAGGCUCAGGGACAGCCGCUACUGGUAGUGGCGAUGAUAAUGAACAAUGGACCACAGAUAAUAGUGGACAAUGGACAAACGGAACAGGCAGCCCUGGACAACCUGGAGACGCUACUAGUCAAACAGGACAACCUGUUUCUCCUGGUACUCCGGGCACUCCCGGUAUUGAAGGUACAUCAGGAACACCUGGUACUCCGGGUUCUCCGGGAACAUCUGGUACUCCAGGUACUCCGGAUACUCCGGGUACUCCGGGCACUCCGGGAACACCUGGCACCCCGGGCACUUCGGGAACACCUGGCACCCCGGGCACUUCUGGCAGUACAGGAUCUGCUACAACUUCCAGCACUUCAGGAAGUCCUGGUGCCACAGGCACUCCUGGCUCACCUGGCACAUCUGGAACUCCAGGUACUCCAGGCAGCCCAGGAUCUCCUGGCACUUCUGGCACAUCUGGAACAUCGGACACCACAGGUACUGCGGUCACUAACAGUACCCCCGGUACACCAGCAUGGCUUGGCUCAUCCAGCACAUCUGCAUGGUCUAGCUCACCCGGACAACCUAACACCUCAGGAACACCCGUAUACCUCGGAAAUCCUACCAGUCCCGAAAUUACUAGUACGACACCCACACCUAGCAUAACAGAGGUACCCAACUAUCUCAGCACUCCAAGCACGACAAGUAAUUUCGAAACUUCGCAAACACCAGCAACAACAAGUAGUGGAAUUGGAACAACCGCUACAACUGACACUUCUAGUGAAUCUGACACUUCAGGCACUCCUGGCACUCCUAGUAAACCCGACAGUUCAGGCACUACACACACUAAUAGCGAACCUAAUAAUCCAGGCACCUCUAGCACACCUAGUAAAUCCGAGACUUCAAGUACUUCCAGUGAACACGAUUCCUCAGGCACACCUAGUGAACCUGUAACUCCCGCCACACCCGGUACUGCAAACACAUCCGGUUCUCCCGAAACUUCUGUAACACAAACGACAUCCGAUAGUGAAGGCGAACCUCCUCGCACGCCUGGUAUACCCAGUGAACCUGUAACUCCCAGGACACCAGGUAAUCCCGAAACUCCUGAAAUACCAUCGACGUCCAAAAGUGAAACUGGACUUCCUCCUACACCUGGUGUGGCCAGUGAGCUUCCAACUCCCAGGCCGCCAAGUCCUCUCAAAUAUCCCGAAACAGCAGCAACACCCGAUGACGAAUAUGAACCUCCUCGUACACCUGGUAUGCCUAAUGAACCUGCAACUCCCAGAAUCCCAGGUAGUCCCGAUAGAUAUGAAACACUAACUACACACAAUAGUGACGAUGGACCACCUCAUACAACCGGUAUGCCCAGUAUACCUCCAACUCCCAGGACGCCAAGUCAUCUCAUAUCUUCUGAAACAGCAGCAACACCCGAUAGUGAAACUGGACUUCCUCGUACACCUGACAUGUCCAGUAAACCUCCAACUCCC